GCACCCACUGGUGCAGACAGUUCAGCGUGUUUACAACAUUUUUAUGAGCGCAGAGAGAUUUGGACCUACGUGUGGACAUCAGCAUUUGAAAUCUUUUUUUUUUUGCAUGUCAUCAUGCGCUGGCUGCUGGCUGGAUGCUGUGGGCUUGCUUUGAUCAGUUUCUCAGUGGCCCUGCAGUUGUUACAGAAGCCCCGAUUCCGUCGUUCAACAGUCGGCAAUAUUACGACACUUUACUGUGCAGCCUCAAAUCAUGAUGAAAAAGCCAAUGUGCAUUGGGUCAAGGCUGACAGCUACAACAGUGGUACUUCUGAAAUAAAUUUAAAAAGAAAAGAGAUUACACUUGGUAACGUGAACAAGACCCUAAAUGGCCUUCUCGUCAUCUCUAAUCUGACCGAAGAUGACAGUGGAGUGUACUUCUGCAAGCACGGCAACACAUGGGGACCUGGAACUCAAAUAAUGGUUUACAAAUACAAUCAGGAUUUGGUGGCAACGAAGAAUUCCCGAAUUUUGGAGGGGCUCAUGAUCAUCCAGGGCUUGUUGUUAGCUGUGUGUAUUGCUGGUAUAAUGCUACACAAAGAGAAACUGAUGAAAAAGAGGGACAGCAUAUAUGAAGACCCUGAGACUGAUCACAUCUAUGAGGGCUUGGCAAUAGAGACAUGUGGAGGAGGACUAUAUGAGGAACUCUCUGUGUACGCCCAGGCUGAAGGAACUGAAGCCCCAUGGGAGUGAGACUGACACAACUAAAUGAUUUUCACCGUGCCGCCUCAGCAGUCUCACAAUAAGUACUGGUUAUAUGCUCAUAAUUAUAAAUUGUAAAUUGAAAACAAUAGAUUGGACCGAAUCGUCUUGUACAAGUGUACAAGGUUAUUUGUAAAGGUGGAGUAGAAUAGUUGUUCUAAAAUGCUUACUGCUGUGUAUGAGCUUGCGGUUUUGUGCUUUGUAGUAACACUGGAUUUAAUUAAUUAACUGUGAUUUGAAAUCCACCUAAUUGUAAAUAAACCAUUUUAGAAGUCUGUCAUAACCGAUGACAUCUCCGAAAACAUCUUUGGUGCUUCAAGAGUAUUUAAUGUAAAUUGUGCUUUGUAUGACUUCAUAAUGCCUUCUCUGGCUCGACAGGUUAAUAUCUGUUUUAUCCUGUACCUACAGUAGGCAUCGGGUCGAACUCAUCUGAAAGCACGUUACAGAAAACUAGUGCACAUCACAGUCUGAGAAAGGCCCUGCUUUUUCUUGUUUGAUUAUAUUAAGACUCUGUAUGUCUUUUUUUUUAUGGAA